GGGAGAGGAUGCUCCUCCUCCAACCUUCAUAACCCCGAGUCACACUGCUCCCGUCUGUCUGGGUCACACUGCUGAGACUGAGAAAGCCCAGAGGACCUGAGAUGACGACUAGCUGUAUGAGGUCAACCCUGGAACCUGAACAUCGACUGAUGACACAGGACAGCAAACAAUACCAGGGGGCGCUGGAGAGCUCGGUGGACAGGAAGGACGAUGAAGACAAGGACGAGGCUCUCUGUGCAGAGAAUCAGGAGGAAGACCAGCUGAAGAAACCUCGCAGAAAGGACACACCUGUCCUCAACUCUCCUCCGCAUAUACCAGGAGUGAGGCUGAUGAAGAAGGAGAAGCACGUGGUCCACUUGGAGGAUGCGGAGAAGGAUGUGACAAAUUAACUGUUCUUGUUUUGUCAGUAAAUUGUUUAUGUUUACAGUCUCAUUUCAUUUUGCUUUGACCAAAAAAAGCAAUUUUUUCUGCUCUUUUUUUCUCCUCCUCUCACUGAGACGGGGAGGAGAAAAUGCUGUAUAAUGAUGAUGACAUCUUUGAGACAUAUCAUGAAUGUACAACUACACUGGGGUUCAGGUAACAUCUCAUGUUCAACAGUCUUUAAGAAGUAUAUGUGCAAAAAAAUAAAAGUAUUCUUGAUCCCUGCUGAUAAUUACAAAUAAAACAUUUACACA